CAAUAACAAACAGUCAGAGAGAGUACGAGAUGCCAUGAGGAUGUGUCUAGGUUCAUGACGUAGACUCUCACGCAGUGGACGCUUGUGUAGAACUGUAGUUGUCGUUGUAUAGGUGUUUCAAGAAAUUAGUGUAUGAGACCAAAGUGUAAUAUGAUGGCCAAGGGACCAUAUAGUUAAUGAGAAACAGUAAAUGAGAAGACUAAAAAAAACUGUAUGAUUACAGUCGAUUAGUCCCAUAAAAGUCAAACUUUGUUACGAGUGGCCAGCGAAGACAUAUCACUAUUGUGACAAUGGCAGCUCAGACACAGACAGCUGGAGCAAAUGAUAGCCCUUCCAGGCACAUUGUUACCAAAACUGUGAAAACCAUUGUGCCUACAACUGAGGAGUGUGCAUACACACAGUUUUACUGUGAAGAAAAUGUGUGGCGUCUUUGUGAGUAUGUGCGUACUCAUGAAGGACAGGAAUUGGUCAAGUGCUUUGUGGUAUUCAUCAGUAACGAAUCUCGAUGCGUGCCACUAUGGAGACAACGAAUAGGCAAAUCUGAGGAUAAGCUUAUAACUUGGGAUUAUUCUAACAUCUUCACAUGUGUUGCGCCGAGUGAAAAGGACUAUCAUGUGCUUUUCAUGUAUGAGCCUGAUGAACGGUGCCUGGUGUUUGACCUCGAUUCAGACCUCCCAUUCCCCACAUACUUCCACAAGUAUGUUACAGAGACACUUCGCACAGAUCACAUCCUUCGGCCAGAACAUCAUAGGUACUUCCGAGUAGUUCCAGCGUCUGUAUUCCUUCAAAAGUUUGCAAGUGACAGACGACACAUGAGACGUGAGGAUGGCACGUGGAUGCAUCCGCCUCCACCAACCCCAGCAAUUGCAACACCCGAAAGCGUUCACAAUCUUGAUGACUUCAUUAGCAUGGAUUCAAAACGGGGUGUUGGUACUGUGUAUAAUCUACAAGAUUUUGUACGCAGAUUCUACAAAAACAUAUUUCAGUGUUCCUCCACAUAGUCAGGAUGGACGUAUUAAAUCAUAUUGUGACGUGACUGCCUUCCGUUUUUUAUUUUAUAUCCAUUACAUGGGUGACAGGCAUUAUAAAUAUUUGGUUAUUAUGGCAUAAAUAUGGAUAUGCUGCUUGUAUAUAAUAAAAGGAAAGCCAAUGAUGAAUGAAAUGAAAAGCCAAAACCAACUUAAAAUAUAAUAAUGUUAAUGUAAAUCAUGGACAAAAUUAAAUGCUGCUGUGAUAGGUUUGAAUGGGUAUGGAGAAGUACACACAGACAGUCAUAUUAAUUUUAUUAUACAGAGAUAGUCGCACAAUAAUGCCUGGUCUAAUUUAAAUUUACAGAAUAUAAUGUUGAAUUGUAUGAGAUACAUGCGGUUAUAAGAAAUUAAAUAAAUUUAGUGAUAGUAAGUGAAAGUUGAGGUCAGGAUUUGAUAUUAAACCAGAUAAUGCAACAUGAUUUAUAUGAAAAUUAGUUAUACAGGAUUUCCACUGUUGUAAAUGUAUGUGAUGUGAGUAUCAGCAAAACCUCUUCAUGAUCUUCAUACACACAACUACUGAAUUUCCUUUAACAAAUUAUGGUUUACUUAUCUCUAUGCACAAAAAUUUUACCCAUCACAAUGACAAUAUUUGUUAUAUUCAAGAAAGUUUAAGUAUGUUUUAGGCUAUAAUUACCUACCUACCUAACAAUAUAAAGAAUGGUAUCAGUUUGAUUGGAAAGUAAUUAAGCUGGUAAGAAUACAGAGGAAAAAACAUUUGAGAAUUGUGAUAAAACAUGCUGUUGCAUUGAUAGGAAAAAUUACAUUGUGGAAAGUGAAUGAAUGGCUCUGAAUUAUUGGUGAAGAGAAAGUUUGUCAUAUGUUUUACCAUACUGAACUGCAAGUUGCUAGAAUCAUUUAAAAUUUUUAUUAUAUAUUCACAUUGGCUACAAUUUCUAGUGUUCAUAGUAAAAAAACUGUACCUGUAUUAUCAUCUAUAACUGGUGGUAAUCUAUUGGAUGGAAUGGCAUAAGCUUAUGCAAAUACAUCGUUUUCAGUUUCAAAAGAUUUGUUACAAUUCACAGCCAAAUUCUUUAUAGAAUUUAUGUACAGAACCCUAAAUAACAUGACUUAGGUAGGAGGGUGUUGUUAUCACUGCUGGCUUCUGCUGUUGCCUCCAGGUAACGUAAGUACUGUGCAGUACAAAACAUAGAAACACAAAUAUUUGUAGUGAAUUCAAAACUAAUAUUAAAUCAUCCGUAUAGGUUACCAACUGGAAAAUAUGUAAAUUAGUGUUUUGAAAAUGAGCUUAUAGAGAAAGAUAUAGCAAAAACAUUGUGUUCAAAGAGACGUCACUGAUGUCAUUGCAUUAAAGUAAUUUGUCUUAGCUAUUGUUUACUUUUAAUAAGAGUUAUUAGAAAUAUUCACAGGAUACUAGGUAUGGUGAUAAUUGUUCAAGUAGUGUAGGGGUUCUGCUGUAAUUCAUCAUCACUUUGGAAUAGUUUAUAUUUUUGAAUUGCGAUAUGGUGAAUUUGUUGAAUGUUAUUUAAGCAUUUUUAGUCUCCCUCCCACCAAAAAACACCAUAUUAAUGGUGUGAACUCUUGCAGAGAGAUUUAUUUUUAUUACUGUUAGCAGAGUUAUUGCAAAUUUAUAGGUAAACACAUUUUUUGUAUUUGUUCUUAAAUUUUUUGAUAGUAUUGGAAUUGUCUAAAAUAUGUUCUCAUUUAAUGGCAAUUUACCAGAAAGUUUGUAUUACCAAAAUAUGCACCACGCAUUACUCAGAUAUUGAGGAAAAUGGUAUUAGUGCAAAAUACAAUCGGCAAGAAUUUUGAACACAUAGUUACCUUGACACAACAUUAGCAAGUUUAAGUUUUAUUUAUUGUAAAGUUAAAUAUAUAUUUUUUAUCUGUUGCCGUGAUUCUGCUUGAAAUAUUCAACAGAGUACUAUACUUGCAUUUAGUUAAUUUUCAAUUUAAAAUAUAUAUAUUUACUCUACCUUAAUUGUAAAUAAUAACUGAAAAGGGAAACAGUUUGCCUUUGUAGAUGACAGUGAUUUCUUGGGUGUUUACUUCAGUGGAAAACCCAGAAAAACCACCCCAAAUAAAAAUAAAAUAUUACAAUAAGACAUUAUAACCAGAUUUUGAGAGGUUUCUUCAUCACUCCAUUGGAUACUUUUCCUCACCUGUAAAUUGAUUUGAUUUUGUAUUGACUUGCUUUAUUUAGUGUGACUUUAUUGUGCAGAAAAGACAAAUGAAGUGUAUUGGAUAUGAUUGUUAGUAACUUUGUGAAUAGGGUAUUAGUAGUAUAUUUCUCUUUCAUUUUUUUUUUAUUAUUGCUUAUAUAAAUUUAGCAAGAUAGCUUACAUAAUGUAACUUUAUUCACUACUAAAACAAAAAUGUCAUCUUAUGAAUAAGCUUCAAAUGUGCUGAGCUCCAAAUUGUGUUUGGAGUGAGAUCAUAAUUUCAAAAUAAUAAUAUAUAAAGAUUUCUUAUUUGAGUACUUAAAAUAAUAGUCGGUACAGUGCAUUAUUACCUAGGGAAACUAUUUUGGCACAUGCAUGUACUAGAGCUUGGCAAGCUUUCAUGCAGCCCUCUGAAGGGUAUUGAGACUACUUUGAGAUAUAUUUUCAAACCAUACCACUUAAAUUGUUGUUGUUAAUGUGCAAUAUUGUAUAGGUAAGCUCCUCUGCUCUGAUGGUUUCUUAUUAUUAUACUAGAAUAUUUUAUAUUUUCUCUUUUCUAAUUGUAUAAUAUAUAUUUAAGAAAAAUUAAAUGGCUUGCAUUAUAGCCUUCACCAUCCCAGCAGUGUAAUAUUGUACACAAUGGUAUAAUGUGUUAUAAGUGUGACUUUAAUACUCUCGGAUACAACUCUUGCUACCCGAUUAAUGUGGAAUUAACAUUGAUAUCUUGAUUUUAAUUCUCACCCACAUAUGUACUUUGUUCUGCAUUAUGUUAAGGAACAAUAGGAUUUGAAUGUGCAUUUGAUGAUUUUAGAAUGAUAAAUUUGAUGGUACAGUAAUAAUAUACAAUAUCAAAAUUGGAUAUGAGUUGUCAUGAAAAUUUUAUUAAUAUAUAUAUCCUUUUAUGAUUUUGGAUUCAACUGCAAAUUUCAAAUUAAUUUUUGUAAGAAUAAGUCAAGCAUGAACCUUAAGUGUGGUAAGAAAAUAUUCUCAUGUCUCCUAAAUCCAUCCAUUUUUGUCGGUAUGCAUUCAUUAAGAUUCAUGUAAAUUUUAACUAUAAUAGAAAGUAUGUUAUUUAGCGUUUGCAGUCAUGAGUAGGCUGAUAAAUAAUAUUUAAUGUAAGUAAUGAUUAAUUAUAAUACUGUUAUUUCCAUAUUAUCUAUAAUUUGCAUUCUUUUGAUAAAAUAAAUAAAAAAUAAAAAAAUUUGGUGUUAACAUGUUGGUGGCUUAAAGAUCAUCAUUUGUGAUUUAUCAGUCACCAUUUUAUGGUAAUGGAAUAACAUUGACCUAUAAAUUCAGUAAUGCAUGAAGGUCCAUCAGUUUUUAUAAAAUAUUUGCGUAUUCUGUAAGUAGCUUGACAUUCUAUAAAACAAAUAACGUACAGUACUGUACUGUACUUUUGCUACAUGAGCCCAACCAGGUAGACUGGACAGUAGAACGACAGUCUCGCUUCAUGCAGGUUGGCUGUUCAAUCUCUGACCGUCCAAGUGGUUGGGCACCAUUCCUUUCCUCUGUCCAAUCCUAAAUCCUUAGCCUCAUAACCCUUCUAAUUGCUAUAUAGUCGUAAUGGCUAAGCACGUUCUCCUAAUAAUUACCUUACUGUUUCCUACAUGAAAUUAUGUAGAUCUUUAUAGUCUGAAGAUUGAAUUCAUUUAUAUCUUUUUAAAGAUGCCUGGAUGGUUUGGGGACCACAAAAUUACUGCAAAUUGUAUCUGAAUAUUCCACACAGAAAAUCUUCCAUUAGUCAUCGGUUGUAGUGUAGUUUGUUUAGAGAUGUAAAAUAGAUUUGAUAAUUUUUUUACCUACUGAUGGUAGUCUGCUAAACCCCAGGCUUUAAAUUUUUCAGGUAAUUUUACUAUUCUUAUUGUAAAUAUAGAGUAGUUCUCUUAAUAAGUGUGUUUCAUGGAGUAAUUUUCCAUGGAUCUGCAAUGCAAUCAUUGGAAAAUCUGUUUCUUGAUAUGUAUGUCUAUGAAGGACUAUACAAUAUAUACAGUAUAUUCUGUAUAUAUGUAUAGUAUGUGUAUGUAUGUGUUUGUGUGUAUUUAUGUGUGUAUGUAUUUAUGUAUGUGUUUAUAAAUUCAUGCAUACAUACAUGUAGUUCACUUAUAUCUGCUAUACGAAUGCAUUCUUCAUUUACAGAGGACUGAGUUCCUGGAAUUCAUUCCAUUAUGAGGACCAGGACUGGGACACAUGGUCCUUUUUUCAUGCAAGACUGAAAUGGGUACCUAUAGGCCAUUUUAAAAUAAAUCUGGAUGGUUGGCAUUCCUCGGUUCUUUUUGUUCUUAAUUUUGAACAUGGUGUGGUGUGUUACUUACAAAUACAAAAUGGUUUGUAUUUUCAGUUUGGUAUAGGAAUAAAUUAUGCAAAAAAUACAGUAGUUAUUUUGAAUCUGUGUCAGUUGCGUACAAUCUCUGCAGAAAAAUGUCAUCUAACAUUUUGUGACUUGUUCUGCUUGGUGUUAAAGGGCUUGUUCAUGAAGUUCAAUAUGCCAGCCCUCUCCAAUGCUGUCGUGGAGAGUCUUUUUCUCCUUGGGGAAAGAUGUUCUUGAGCCAAAGAAAUCAGGGCUCAGUAGCAGCCAUAUUGAAAUGCUCGUCAUCUUGAAAAGAAACUGAAGCAUUCAACUAAUAAUUAUUUUUCCUAAUUUCAUUAUAUUUACUUUUGUAUUAUUGUAUUUGGAAUUCACUGAAAUUAUUUAAUUUUAAAUAAAUAUUAAUGAUUUUUUAUACAGUAUCUUCAAUUGCAUACAGUAUUUCAUUUCUAUUAAUUAUUGCACUUAUAUUUAAUACAAGGGCCAAGGACCAAGUUGGUCAUAGUUCCUUUUUUCUGAAAGGACGAUGACUGGGACCAUCGGUUCUUUUUAAGGAAUGCGUUCCCACCUUUGCUUGUUUAUAGCAAUGCGCUUAUGAGAAAUCUGGCUCUACAAAUGCUCUUUCAGAAUGCAUCCCAUUAGUAUGUUUAAUAUUCCUGUAUGUAUAUGUGCAUGUAUUUACUGUUAGUGUAAUUUCCAAAGUGUAGUUACAGGAUGAGAGCUAUGCUCUUGGUGUCCUGUCUUCCCCGUAAUCUUUGUUAUAUGAUGUUUUGAAACUGCUGAUAGUUUUGGCCUCCACCACCCUCUCUUAAAUUGU